UUUAGCGCACGUGCAUCUCAGGGAUAUAAAAGAAUAAUUUCGGCCACGGUGAUAGUGGCUCGGAGCGAAUCAUUUUAGUUACUCUGAUAUCAACUGUCAUGGCACUACUUGCUGUAGCGUUGUUGGUGCUUGUCCAGGUGUACUUGAGCAGUGCAAUUACCUUGAAUGUAAAGGCUGCGCACCUGACGUGCUCGGGCAAGGUCCCUGUCCCCUCCAAUCUGGUCAUAGCCGACAAGCUACACCCUCUCCAUGGAGCCCUUGUCCUGAGUCCUAUCUGCACGGGAGGGAAAGACCGCUUCAGGGGUAUGUACCCCCUUCCUUUCCACAUGAGCGUCUGGUACACCGGCUCUCCCAGCUCCAGGUGCGUCUUAAAGAGCACGUCUUCUGGGUAUUACAUUCAGGUGGAUGUGCUGGCUUAUGGCAAAUACUCGGUGGGCAAGUUGCUUUUGAGAUGCCCUAAACCUCUUCGUCCAACCCCUCGCUUGACGGCACCAUUACCUGCAUAUCCAGUAACGCCCAUUUCUGACGUCAAGGAUUACGUGUGGGUGCGUUGCGGCGUCGCUUCAAAUGAUGUCGAAUUUAUUCCCCAGAGCGUGAAGAUUGUAGCGGCCAUUGACUGCAAAGGAGUUCGCUUCACUUACGUCAUAAAACCGAACACUCCUCUCGAGGUGCAGAUUUUCCUUGCUGGUAAGUUGAAUGAGAAAUGCGUAUACAACCCACCUGUUGCCAGGCGUAGGAGGGGUGCUGCCCCACCACCCCCGCCCCCAGUUCGAUCAGUUGCCAUUCAUUUCUUCAAGCACAGAAACUUUGAGUACCUUGGAACCGGAAGGGUCGAUUACUGCCCACCCAUCACUGACGAUUACAUUUUGAAGGUCAAGCCCCACUGCGGUAGCUCCGUUGGCGCACCUGCAUAUGUGACGGGCGUUACUGACGUUGAUGCCGACUUCCGGGCCAUCUGUAAAAAUGGAAGGAAAUACGUUUUCGUCAACACUAACAAGGACAAGGUCAACUACAAGCUGAAGGUCAAGUACAGCGGAAAUGCCAACACCCAGUGCGUCUUCAACAGGAGACAGAACUCCAACGUGUACGUCAUCACUGUUCAGAUUUCGUGGGGUAGGCGGGGUGUCGUGGUCCACAAGCACAAUAGAGAAUACCAGUUGUCGUGUGCUUUUGGUGCUAAAGGAAGUGACGAGUCGCCUACCCAACGUAUCGAGGGUAAUAUCUUGGCGCCAAGAAUUGUGGAGUCUUUCGUUGGCUCUGGUGCAAGGUCCUAUGUCAAGCUUCAUCUGAUAGACGUUCUUGGCCGACAGGUGUACGCACUUCCCAUUGGUCGAAUGGUCCAGCUCCGCGCAUGGUCAAAUGGUCAAGGAAGUGAAGUUGGUGUGCGGUCUGUUGGUUGCGAUGCUAUUGGUGCGAGGACGAACACAAGAUUCGCAAUCAUCCGAGCCGGUUGUGGAGAUGGUGUGGUGUUUGCUAAAAAUGAAGGUUUCUCUACUAAGGGACUGAACAGCACAAGUCCAUACUUCAAAGCAUUUUCAUUGCACAACGAUGCUAAAAUUCGCUUCGAAUGUAAUUUCACAAUGUGCACGAGCAAUUGUGACGGCAACUCCUGUGCAAUUGCAGGCCGGCGCCGGAGGGAUGCAGACGUACACUUUUCGGAUUUUAUUAUGACGGAGUCUGACCCCAUAACCUUGCUUUAGUAUACUUUUACAAAACUGUUGCAGCUUUUGUUUCAGCAAAUACAAUUGGUGGUUGGUUUAA